AUGAAGAACCAAUUCGAUUCAUAUUAUGCUAAAAAAAUAGGUAACUUGAUAAUAGCUCACGUAAUUCUAGAUACUGAUGCAGAUUCUUCAAUAUUUACAGAUAACAUUCCUAAAUAUUUAGGGAUAAAAAUAGAUAAGAAAAAUAUUCACAAACUUACUGGUACAGUUAGAGAUUUCCAAUCUAUUGAUACUUCAUAUAAUAUUCCUAUAACUAUAGGUACUGGAGAAGAUUUUAUAACAGUUCCUGAAAAUGAAAUAUCUGUAAUCCCCACAAAAAAAGAUAGAUAUGGAAAAGAUAUAUCUAUAAUGAUACUUGAUAUAAAAUGGCAAUAUCAUGUCAGAUGGGAUCUAAUAGUGAAAGAAGAAUUCACAACUAUACAUAAUGGAAAGAUUAUUAUAAUUUUUCUUUCUACUCACAAAGAAUCACAUAAUGUAUUUAAUUCAGAAAAAUUAUAG